CGAACUUUUAUUUCUAAAAAAAAAUUCCAUCUCGCCUCUUGUUCCCUCACUUCAUUCGUUCAUUCGACCGGGCGAACGAACUCCAUUACCUAUCAUCAUAUCUGGAGCCUGUCCCCCCCCUUCGCCGUGCCAUCACUGCAACAAGUUUCGUUCGACUGGUCAGCUCGUGGUCCUUCUGAAUUGCGCCAACCAACCGUUUCACAGGUCUGGCUACCUAGCUGACUCUUGUGCGUCUUUCAGUUCCUUGCAAAUCCUAUAACCCCAUAUGCACAACCUAACUUUCUUUCUGCAUCACCCAGCGCUCGUGCAUUCCAAAUCCGAAAUCAGAGCUUUGGACUCGGCUGUGACACUUGGUCCCGCCCUUGGCUCCUCCCUACCCCCUCCCCCCCUCCUCCGGCGCGCGAGUGCUUCCACCCCCUGGCCAACCCAACUAUAUCAAGACACGUUGUUUCGCAGACCCGUUGACGUGGUUGACGUCGCCUGCACUCAUGUACGCAGCACAGCCAAACGGCGUUGAUAGUGCAACGAUCAAUCCCGCCGCGCUCAACACAGACUUGAGCGGGCCACCACGGAAUCUCAAACGGGAACGUUCUCCCGACGAUUAUCAUUACUCAGGACCGCCAGGGUCCACUGGUGAUGACGGUGGUGAUAAGCAGCCUAGAAAGCGAGGAAGACCGAUGAAGUCCAGACCAUCUGGGGGUGUCCCCGAGCCCGUCGGCCAGGGCCCCGUUGCGCCGUCUAUCCAACAGACACUUCCACCACAGACACCACAGAGCCAAAGUGCUCCUCUCCCACUCCCGACACAAACACCCACGUAUGCCCCCGCACCCGCGCCCGCCCCCGCAGCCACGCCUCUCCAGGCCUCGCCUCCCAAGACGACCCCAACCAAGACGACCCUGAAAGCCCUGCCGACCGUUCGCGACCACACAACCGACCAGCUUGGGCCCGGCGGAGAUGAAUACUUGCCAAGGGAGAUUGACGAGGCCGGUGAAAAAAAGGUUAUGCCAAAUGGGCAACUUACCGGAAAUCGCGAAUACAGAUGCCGAACCUUUCUGGUACCCAACCGAGGGGACAAGCUUUUCAUGUUGGCCACCGAAUGUGCUCGAGUUCUCGGCUACCGCGACUCAUAUCUGCUGUUUAACAAGAACAGGUCACUGUACAAGAUUAUAGCGAAUCAAGAGGAAAAAGACGACCUUGUGAACCAGGAGAUCUUGCCUUUUUCGUACAGGUCACGCCAGAUUGCCAUCGUCACGGCCCGCAGCAUGUUCCGUCAGUUUGGUAGCAGGGUGAUUACCAACGGCCGCCGCGUCAGGGACGAUUACUGGGAAACAAAGGCACGAAAACAAGGCUUCACCGAGGCUGAUCUGGCCGGAGAAAAAAGACCUGGGGGAACCAAGGCCCGGGAAGCAGCCGCCGAAGCCAACCAGAACUCUAUGCUCGGAGGACCUCACGGGGAGAUCAUCUACAACACGAAUCCAGGCCCGUAUGGCGCCCCUCAGCCCCUCGUACAACCAGGUAUGAUUGGACCGCCGCCAACAACCUCGACCAGAAUGCCCGUAAUAACACUAGGACCAGAUUACCAUGAUACUAGGAGCCGGGAUUACUCAACUAUUCUGAAGACUGGCCCGCGACAAGAGAUUACUGGUCCGCCGUACCAGGAUCGGACCCAGACCACGCCUCUAUCCGAACUGCAUGCGCAAGCUCACCAUGCAGCCGAGUUCAACCGGGCCGUUAACCAGCAACGUGAGAUGCGUGGUGAUUACCUGCAAAACCUGUGGCGCAGGCCGCACGAUCAAGCUACUGCCACCAACCUGAACCAGCCGGUCGGUUCCGAAGCAUCUGCUGUUCCUACCAGCCGGCCAGCCGCAUCAUCUCAUGCCCCUAGUUCUGGAUUACAGCAACCUGCCAUCGUGCCAAACCAGAGCCCUCAAAUGAUGAUGACGGCGGCACCGUACUCGCAGCCCCUUCAUGCACAGGCUUCGGCGACUCAAGGUACAAUGAGAGGUAUGGCUCCAGCUCCAGCUCAGAACAGCUCGAAGCCAACAAACUCUUCGUCAGCUUCUAGCGGAAGCAUGCCACAACCCGGCCAGAACUACGGUUAUACCAAUUCCCAAAUGUGGCCCCCGACGCCCCAGACGCCGCAGCACAGCUACUCAGCCUACACUGCCCAGCCCCAACAGCCCCAUUCCCAGCAAUCCCCUGCUCCCCAGUUGCGACACUCGGGCUCUGGAAGCCAGGUUCAGCCAAAUAACAUGUCUUACUCGACUAUGCCCAGCAUGAACCAAGGCUAUGGUGCUCCCUCUCAGGGGAUGUACUCAAAUGACCAAACUCCGCGCCAAUACAUGCACCAAAGCGCACCAUCCCCGGCCGUUUCGCAGCCAUGGACCCAACAACAGCAAACUCCUGCUACGUGGUGGACUAACCAGCCACAGUAGAUGAGGACGACGCUGUGACGGUGCGCAUUUGGUUCGGUAUGACCAGCCAUGUUGUUGAUGCGGCGCCAUUCAUGACACUUCUGCCUCAUUCCAGGCGGGGAAACGAUUGCUAGAAAUAUCACGCCUGCCGCCCGGUCAUCCUUCGAUUUCUGAGCUCCAAACGUUUCAAAGACACCCCAGUAUUCGACUCGCUGGAGAGGCGAGCGAGCCUCUUGUUGGGCGGGCGUGCAAUUGGUUUGCAGCAUUCGGUUUUCCGGCAUUCGGUUUUCCGAUAUCGGAUCCUAGAGGAGUACAGAGUGGGUGGAGGGCUAGUUACAUGUUUGUCGGUUCCUUUUUAUUCUUUGUUUCGGAUGAUACCUCUUUUGUUGGCGUGCUGGAUCUGCUGGCUCUCCAGAUCCCUACUCUCUUUUUCCCCAACUCGCGAAGUACUCAACUGCUGUACACAUGAGCUUAUUACGACUCGGAAACUCGGGUCAUUGGCGAUUCUGUGGUUAUUAUGGCUUUCCGUUAUAUGGUUCCCGGCGAUUUCGUAUACUUGGGGUGCUGGGCAGAGGUUCUCAGCCCUGCAGUGCUUGGUUCGAGGAGACAGGAGGAAGGAAAGGUUUCUUGGUCACAUACGAGUGUUAUACCCUGUUUUUUGCGGUGGCAGAAUGUAUUUCUUUGCGCCUUGGUCUGGCUUCGGCUCUUCUUCCCUGGCUUUCUAUGACCCCUUCUUUAUUUACUUUCCAAAUAUGAAUUUUCCUUGGUUUUGUUGGGUUAGGUUAGCAAGGACUUGUUUGGAUAACGCACCAUGUAGCGGUUUAGGGUACGCUUUUCUCAAAUUGGAUUAUCCUUUAGGGCGACGCUUCAGUUUCUGUCUUCCCUCACUUUCAUGUUCUCGCAACCUCGUGUUGUGUUUGACUAUCGAUGUACGGGUCUUCUUCGGCCCCUGUUCAGCCCCUAGCUCUUCAUAUCUUCCAGGCUGGGUACAAAUGUAUACCUGUGUUGACGGUGAUAUCAGCAGAGAAACAACUUUCUUCUCUUUUCUGGAAGCAUGAGGCCAGCUAUGUCGUGUUUCAUUUCUUCGGGCACUUCAGCUCGUAAGUAACUUUCGCUUCUGGCACCCCAACCUCACAGGAUGAGGGGGGUGACCGCCUCAAUGGCUGUAUUGAUCUCCCUAUGCUUAAUGUCUGGUUUCCUCCCAAGAAUGGUAUCCCCGAUGUUGACCGUUAACCGCUUCGAACACUUCUUACAUCAAAGUAUGUUAGGUAAUUGAGUAUGCUUAACCCACUAAGCUCCCUGAGCCCGCUAAGGCUACAGCAACUCGAUCAGUUUCCAAUUUCCAUGA